GUUAAUUAACUGUUACAGAAUAUGAAUAUUAAAUAAAGCCACUAAUACGAAAAGCGUUUUGGGCAUUACUUCAGAUAAUAGUUAAAUUAUUUCUACGUUUGAUGGUUAGUUUAUUUCAUUAAUUAUGCACCCUAUACCCAUCUUGUGGGGUGUAGUGGAAAGGGUUACAGAGGCACAUAAUGGGCUCAGGGACUGACUCCACAAUUCAUUCAGCUAAGCAAGUUACAAUCUUGAUGAGCUAGUUACACAGUUUAAUUUAUAUCGUUACAGUGUUACAUUAACAAUAGUGGUUCAGUCUGUGAAGGUUACUGUGGUUGUUUCAAAUGCCUUAUGCAGGUCAAUAAAUAGACCUAUGAGGUACUAAUUUUGGUCAAGAACUCUAUUUAUCAAGUCAUGCUUAUUAAUCAAAGUAACAUUGGUGCUUUUUUUUUGGGUGGGGAGCAGUCUACAGCCGUGACAUACGCACCUUGGAUCAUGCCUGUCACCCCCACAGCCGUGACAUACGCACCUUGGAUCAUGCGUAUCAGUGUAGCUGUGACAAACAUACUUAUCUUUCCUCAUUCAGCGUAUCCCGGAUGUUUUGUUCCCGCUCGUAUUUCCACUUCCUCUACUCCGUCUUAUUCUAACUUUUUCUCCAUUCUCAGUUCUCCCAAGUGGUUAGUGAGAUGUCAGACGAGAGGCUGUCUAAGUACCCUCGCUCUCCUGUAAUCUACUUUAAGGAAAUAUCUUGUACUUGUGAGUUGUGUGGAUAUACAUCGACUUCACAGCAUUAUGCCCUUGGCGGGAUGGGCCUCUUCGCCUGUAUUACUCAACGCUGUUCACCGAGAUAACAAGUGACACAAGGAUAAUAAACGAUAAGGGAGAGAUAUAUAUUUUUUCACCAUAAUAAACAACACAGUUAGUGUAGAACACCGGCAUACAUAGGCGUCAUGACGUCAUUGCUGCUUCCUGACGCUAAUGCUAUAUAUUUAGAGCUCCUAGACAUGACGGAGGCUGUGUGCUUCCCUUCCGGCUUCCAGCUCAGAAGGGGAGCAGCUUCCAUGGUGUUCACGUCUUCGCUCUUAUAGAGCAAGGAGACUGGUGGUGUAUACACUGUGGUAGAAGAGAGCUUGAAGUAUUUUCUCUAUUGCCAUAAGUCAUAAGAUGCUGCUGGUAUGGAUGGUCACUAUCAAGCUCUCAUUGACCUACUGCUUGCUUCUCCUGCAGCCUCAUGUACAGCCUCGCCAGCAGCCUCGCCAGCAGCCUCGCCUGCUACCGCUACCACUGGUACUGCUGCUGCUGCUGCAGAGUUGUCACACCACACUCGCUGCUUCUGGUUCGUCCCGCGUAUCUCGUCUUGUUUACAGUAUUGUUGUGAGCCUGAAGAAGAAUUCUUAUCGAUAACUUCACGUGAGACUUCGAGCGUUCACAAGAUCGUCUUGGGCCUGGUGUUCCAGCACGCCUUUUCCCUUGAGAUAUUCCUAAAGAAUGAGACGACUUCACACCCUUGUUUUCUGAAGGUGACCCUCAUCAAAAACAAUUCUGGUGAAUUCCUCAAUCUGACGGACCUGGGGAAUGGAAACCGGCUUCCACUUGCCGAAAAUCCUUGGCCUGCCCUAGAGGAUAAUUCCUGUACGGAACUCAUUGUGGAGAUUAACGAUAACCUACUGAGAGUGACAGCCAGGAAACCCUCGCUGGAGAGUGAAGGUCACUCUUCACCGAGCAUCACCUUGCGUCAGAAGGUGUCCAGCACAUUUACGGCAGCCGUUGUCAGCGACGACCACAGCUCCGUCCUCAAGUGGGGAUGCCAGAGUGAAGUAUCGGAAGAGAAGACGAAGUGGACGAGUCAGCAUCUCCUGUGUGUGAGUGGUGCCGGGGUGCUGCUACUCUUGGUCCUCCUGCUGGUGUCCCUCGGGAGGUGCAGGAGCCGCCCCUCACGCCCACACCCGCCCACGGCCGCCCCCGCCACUCCACCCGCCACAACACAACACCUAGACAACACAGUGCAGCGGAAUUCGUUACUCGACAGCAGCGACAGCUUCCAGAGCGACGAGUCACUUCACAGGCAUUGUCAUCAGUACCUUCCUGGAGAUGGUGGGUCCCAAGACCUCUCGCGUGUCAGAGAUGACCACGACCCGGACGGCAGAGGACGACUGCCGAAGGAGGACCACCAAGCAGGUCAUAACCCCUCGGUGAACAUCCGUAGGAAGCCCGAGUGCCCACAAGCACAGUCACUAAGGGACAGCCUUAGCAUGUACGAGAGAGUCACCUGGUGGUGGGGGGACCAAACGGGGUGAAGAAACAUUAUAGCGUAAAGAAAAUGGGACUUAACCAGAUAUAAUUUAAUAUAUAAUUAAUGAUAUAAUUUGGUAUCGCUGACAGUGUGGGAGAGGCAGUUAGAGAUGCUUUUUUGUUUAUAAAAUAUACCUGAAUUAUUAUCCUAUUUCUUAGGUAAACAUAUUUAUUACUCUUGUCAACUAUACCCGUAGGAGAGAACUUCUGGAGGAGAGACUUUAACAGUAAGUGUUGCUAAAACAAACAACGUCUAUAGAGUCGAAAAUGUGGGUUUAGUUGUCCAUAGAGAUUUUGUUCCAACGUAUUUAACGACCAUUAUCGUCGUCGAAUCAACGUUGCUAAUAAUUAUUAGCUUAUAAGAAUUUAUAAGUUUCCUUAAGCGGUGAUUUGGGUAAUAUGGGUUGAGUUAAGUAUAUUUUCUUAUAAUAUGUUGGUCUCCGUAUCUGUCUACCUCCAGGUGAGUACUACAUCUUC